UCGGCAUCAGCCCGGCGGCACCCAAAUCUCUUCCCGACCGACAACGGGGAAAUGAACCGGCCCGCCGCCCGUCAGCGCGAACCGCUCGGUCGGUCGGGCGACUCGGAAACGGGGAGCAGCAAGACAGCCGGGCGCGGAGAAGCAAGACGAGAGAGGAGAGGUAGGCUCGUUUUGAACGACGGUGGGAGGAGGAACGCGGAGUAAGCCGGCCAAACCCAUGCAAGGGGGAAGGUGGACGGAGUUACACACGCUGACUGCUCGCAUUAUUAUGUAAGCGGGCGUUUAAAGAAACGUCGACAGCGGCUGCAGAAGCUCCGGCCGCAAAACUCGCCCCUCCGCCGGUCGACCAGACUCCCACCUGUCGUUGGGCCGCCGCCACGUAUUUGUGAUUCGUUCGCGUAUUUCGCUUUCCCCCCAAACCCGCGUGUGUCCUCGCCGACAUGUCCUCCCACCGUGCGCUCAGCCACGCCGAGGCGAGGCGAGUGGCUAUUUUCGGCGGCACGCACGGCAACGAGAUGUCCGGCGUGACUCUGGUGAACCUGUGGAUGAAGGACCGCGCCGAGAUCCAGCGCCGAGGCGUGGACACCAAGCCCUUCAUCGCCAACCCGCGAGCCGUGGAGAAGUGCGCGAGAUACGUGGACACGGACCUGAACAGAGCCUUCACCGCGGAGAACCUCAGUGCCCCUGGUGGAACUGACCUGCCCUACGAGGUGCAAAGGGCCCAGGAGAUCAACAGGAUGUUUGGACCUAAAGGAAGCCCAGAGGCCUACGACGUGAUCUUUGACCUCCACAACACCACUUCCAAUAUGGGCUGCACUCUCAUACUGGAAAGCUCCAAAGACCAUUUCAACCUGCAGAUGAUGAACUACAUCAAGAAAGCCAUCGCUCCCGCCAGUUGUCCGGUCCUGCUGAAUGAACACCCUCUCCUCAAGUACUCCACCUCGCGCUCCGUGGCCAAGCACCCCGUGGGCCUGGAGGUCGGCCCGCAGCCUCAAGGGGUUCUGAGGAGCAACAUCUUCGAGGCGAUGAGAGUAAUACUGAAACACGCCCUGGACUUCAUCGAGCUGUUCAACGAAGGCAUGGAGUUUCCUCCCUGCUCGGUGGACGUGUUCAGGGUGUCGGAGCGAAUGGACUACCCCCGAGACACCAACGGGAACAUCAUCGCCAUGGUGCACCCCAAUCUACAGGACUGCGACUGGGAGCCGCUGAACCCCGGCGACCCCAUGUUCCAGACGUUCGACGGAAACACCAUCCACUACGAGGGCCCCGGCACCGUCUACCCCACCUUUAUCAACGAGGCGGCCUACUACGAGAAGCAGCAGGCGUUCGUGACCACCAGGCGGGAAACCUUGGUGGCCAAGGCCAUCAGGAAAGCAUAGGGGACCGCCAGACGCCCGUGUGUGUGUGUGUGUGUGUGUGUGUACAAGGCCUCAGCAAUAAUCUCUAACGAGUGUUCGACUUUAACGUUCUGUCUCAAGUCACGUUCUUCCAUCGCGGUUAUCAGAGAGCCAGGAUAUACUACGUUGAUUUACUUUCCUCCGUGUUCGCUAUCCAGAGAAAUCGAUUAACUAUGCAAAGAAAAUUCGAGGAGUCACUACAAUGGGCAGUACUGUGAAAGUGUUUGAUACAAAGACCAUAUUGUUGUGAUGAGUAUUUAUGCUACGAUGAUUAUUUGCACAAGUAUUUAUAUUAAACCGGGUAGUUUUUUUUUUUAUAACGCAUAUAUUUUUAGGCUUAAUCAUGAACCGCUUACGAGUCGCGACUCGAUUCGGAAGGAGACUAACGCUACGUGUCACCUAACUCCUCAGGAAGGCCAUUAGAUAUCAUAACCUGCAACUUUUGGCCAUAAGUCUUCUUUCUACUUUUCUGCAGAUAUAUAUAAAAAAAUAAAAAAGGAGGGGGGGGCGGGGUUUGAAAUCACGAGGACAGCAUUUCGUGGCCUUUAACUGCAACAGCACAACUUGACACUAGCUACCUGUAACUGGUUGUAUUUAUGGUGCUGUCCUACUACUACUACUGCCUUAAUAGACUUAAAAUUGCACAAUAAAUUCAGGAUAUUUUAAUAUGAAACGUUAGUAUAUGUUUUUUUUCAACAGUCGGAACAAAAUUGGGAGCAUGUUUUUUAUUUUAUUUGUUGUCAUUUUUUGGUAUAAAUUAAUUUAAAGUGUGACCGGAUAUGACGUCUUCUCUAAUCUUGACCUGUCUGUUGACGUCUGCUGACUUGAAUUACUGCGGAUCUUAUGGUAAUUCUGUUUUCUUUGUGCAUUAUUUUUGUGGCAUUGUUGUCAUUACUGGUACAUGUUGAUUAACCCUGAAGUCCUGUGGAAAGGAUACGAUCAAUAAAUAUACCAUUAUCAUAUACUCA